UUGUGGUCCAUAGAGCUCGUGCACGCUGCACCUCCCCAUUCCUUCUUUAAUAAACAUGGCUGAACAACUGAAAACGGACGGUGAAUUAAAGCACUAAGCCUGUCUGCUCUGUCUGCAGUAUCGCCACAUGACUUCAACACAUUCAAACUGUUGAUUUACCGCGAUGACUAAACAUGGAGUGAAUGCUUCGAGUGGUAGAAACUACAGCAUCAAAACCAGGAAAAGUUGAGAGUUUGACAGCCGCUGCUAUCGAAGAGACUUAAACAGGACAAAUCAGAUAGGAUACAGCCGAGAUUCACUGCUGCAUGGACACCGUAGAUGAAAUACUGCUUUUGCAUUUAUGGAAAUCAUGUUUUUGAACACGUACUCUACUGAGGUAACCCAGGACCUGAUACUAUAAAGUCAGCAAAACAAAAAAUCUGGAACAUUUUUGGAUGGAUUUGCAGUCGGAUCCGUCUUUCGCAUUUUUGUCGUGUCGUGCUAUUUAAAUAAUGUUUUCCGCUAAACAAACUAAGCCGACUUUUAAGUCUUAUCUUCCUCCUCUUCAGGCUGAUUUGAAGAAAAGUCCUCAACUUCCCAUCAAGAAACUAGAAGCAAAACUUCUGCCAGGUGAGAUAGUUGUGAAUGAAGCAAACUUUGUGAAGAAAUGUAUUGGAGGGGAAACCUGUCAGGAUGACCUAUGGGGAAAACUUGUCUGUACCAACUUCAAGGUUUCUUUCAUUGCCCAUAAUUCUUUGCCACAACAGAGGUUCCAGUGCACACACCAUCUCUUGGGUGAACAUGACGUUCCUCUGGCUUGUGUGGAGCAGGUAGUGACAGUGAAUGAUGCUAAGGGGAAGCAGAAGGUUUUAGGAUGCAAUCAGAAGCUGAAGUUUAACCCCACUGAGCUCAUCCUCUACUGCAAAGACUUUCGCAUAAUUCGUUUCCGCUUCGAUGAGGCUGGACCCGAGAGUGCUAAAAAGGUAUGUCUGGCCAUCGCUCAUUACUCCCACCCUGCUGACCCACAGCUACUCUUUGGAUUCGAAUACGUCGGAAAACGAUACCACGGAUCGACCACGGGUGAGCAGGUGAAUGGUGUUGACCCUGGUGGGGGUCUGCAGACCCCUCUGUUUGACUCUUCCUCUGACUGGGAUAGAGAGAUCAAGCGCACCGGCGCCUCAGAAUGGAGGGUGUGUACUAUCAAUCAAGGUUAUUUCAUCUCACCCAGUCUCCCAGAGUUCUUUGUGGUUCCAGGAUCUCUAGCCGAUCAGGAUUUGAAGCAGUAUGCCUGCUGCUUUAAGUCUCAGCGUCUCCCGUUAUGGUGCUGGAAUCAUGCCAGUGGCAGUGCAUUGGUCCGCAUGUCUAACAUCAGUGACCCGCAGCAGCAGAGGAAGGUUGAGCAGAGGAUUUCCAGUGCCAUAACUAAAAGCCAUCCCCUCCGUAGUGAUGUCUUCAAAUCAGAUCUGGACAAAAACCUCCCAAACAUCCAGGAUAUUCAGGCCGCUCUUCUGAAACUGAGGCAGAUCUGUGUCAUAGAACCCUUCGAGGAGUCUGAAGAGAAGUGGCUUUCUUCCUUGGAGAGCUCGAGGUGGAUGGAGUAUGUCAGGACGUUUCUGCGGCAUGCAGUGGAAGUCGUCUAUAUGCUGGAUAGCAGACAUGUCUCUGUCAUACUUCUGGAAAAGGAGGAUCGGGACCUGAGCUGUGUGAUUUCCUCUCUAGUUCAGCUGAUGUGUGAUCCUCACUGCAGGAGUCUUCAUGGCUUCCAAGGUCUCAUCCAGAAAGAGUGGGUGAUGGCCGGACAUCGCUUCCUGGACCGCUGCAACCAUCUCAAGAAGAACGAUAGAGAGGAGUCUCCUGUGUUUUUGCUGUUUUUGGACUGCGUGUGGCAGCUGUGGAAUCAAUAUCCAGCCGCAUUUGAGUUCACUGAGGUGUAUCUGACUGUACUCGGGGACAGUAUGUGGCUUCCUGUCUUUAGUACCUUCCUCUUCAACUGCCCCCGACAAAGAGCAGAGAACAGCAGGGAUUUUGCCAGCAGUAAAAGCAUUCACCUGGGACAGGACCAGGCUCUCCGGUUUCCCCCUGUGUGGGACUGGUCUCAACAGUUUAGUCUUAAAGACCAGACUCUCUUUAAUAAUCCUCUGUACGUGGGCAAGAUUGCCACCUGUGUGCAGAACGGCACAGUAAAAACAUUUACGCACAGGCGCAGCAAGAAAAACUACAGCUCUACAUUGCGAGGUUUGCCCUCCGCCCUGCGAAAUGGGUCCUUCAGCCAGCACGACACCCUGACCCGACGAAACUCCCUUGUGCUGCGUCUGCGUCCUGAGUUUUCCCAAGCACGGGAGCAGCCGGAGACCCCCUCGGAACGCUACGUUCGAGAGUGGUUCUCUCAUCCUGUCGACCUACAGGGCCUUCUGCUUCCCCAGCUCCUGCCGUCUCACCUCUCUCUCUGGAAGCUCUACUACCUGCGCUGGGUUCCCGAGAUACAGAUUCCACACGGUGGCCCCGUCACCGCCUUUCACAAACUCUCCGUGCUAACGGAUGAGAUAGAGAUGCUCCAGAACCAGCUGAGGCAGUAUAAAGGGGCAGGGCUAACUCCCAACAAGCCUCAUGUAGACCACAGUAAAAUGUACUUUAAGGCGACCUCGACUCCUCAGCAGUCGCUCGCUCCCCCGGAGUACCUUAGCUCUUCAUUCCCAUUUUCUCCUGUGGGUAACCUGUGUCGCCCCGGUAUCCUGGGAACUCCUCUUAGCAAGUUCCUCACCGGAGCCAAGAUUUGGCUCUCUACUGAGACACUGGCGAAUGAGACGAUUUAGGGCGGACCGUUGGCACCAGAGAUAUAAAAAGGAGUCUGAGGUAGCAACAGGGCACACAUUUGAUUUAUGUAUUCAGAGAGACGAACAUGAAGAUAUUCUCAGUUUAGUAGGCGUAUGGUACUGACAGUUACUUGGAAAGUCUGUUGCGAGUUCUCAGUCGUGGGUGGGUGUUUUCUUUUUUGCACAUGUUAAAAUGUAACGCUCCAAUCGCACAUCUUUCUGACUUAGGAUCUGUUCUACAGUGCCUGUGUGAACUUUGGUAAAAUAAUAUUGGACCUUCGUGUGGAGCUUGUGGCAUUAGCUGGGAAGGAAGUGUAACUUUAACUUAAAUCGAUGGUGUAAUAAGUGUGUAUAUUUUAAUCUUUUAACAUUGUAUUAGAGUUCUUAAAACCUUCUGGUAAGGUCUAACCGUAGUUAGCUUUAAUAAAAUUAAUAACCAAAAUUGUGAAACUUGAUAUAGGAGGUGACGGGGUUUACACUAGUAAACCUAAAUAGCAGGCAAUAACUGUGCACAUGUGGAGGUUUUUCAGGCUGGCUGGAUCUCAGUCUGUCAGACCCCUCCCUCACUGAAGUGCAGGAUGGCUGUAAAAGUGACUGACACCUGAUUGAGCCAAUCAGCUGGUUGAUUGGAUGUCACACAGGUGUGGUCAAUAUCUUGAGUGUUUGAAAUAUUUUAGGUGUGUUCGACUUCAUGCGGUUUUGGUUAGAUGGGAUACAGCUAGCGAAAUGUUGGGUUUAUGGGUAGGAUUAGGAUAAAACCGCGUCAUCCGGCGAGAUUUAGGCCUUUGCUGUGUACCUUCUAGCCACAACCACUUCACACGGUGCUGGAGGAACCGACAGUCGCUGUCGCGAUACUUCGACGUCAUUCGCCUGUCGGUUCUUGCAGCGCCACAUGAAAUCGAACACGCCUAUAAAUUUGAGAGUUAAUAAAUGAUAGCACAUGUGAACUUUGCUUUUAUUCGGUUUUAGGUUCUUGUACAAGUUGGACAGUGGUAUUUUCUCAGUUUUAUUAUAUGUAGCCUUUUCAGAAACAUUUAAGAUUAUAGUUUUUUGCUUUUAAUUAUAGUCGGGACUGUAUUCUUUUGUAUAGAGUUAAAAAUUUAUUCUUUUAAUUUUUCCUAAAAAUGGUACUUUGAAACCCUUUAGCUAGUUUGAAGUAAUGCAGAGUCUAUGUGUAGUUUACCACUAAUGCUGUCAAGUGUAUGAAAACCGUGUUUCUUCUCGGUUUGAUCAAUCAAACAGCACUGAUAUUUAUGCAAACUCAAACAGGAAUGUUGUUCAAUUCUUCGGUGGCUUGCUUUGAAUUGCAGUGAUACAGGAUAUUAAAAAUGCUUUAAACACAUCUGAGUUUGCCUUUCUGAAUAGCGUUUAAUAAUUUUAAUGCUUUGUGUGGAAGUUGGUAGUCAGAUGAGCUUCUUUAUUUCCUCUGUGGUUUUGGUUGUGAGCUAGGAGGAGCCCUGCUGCGGGGCAAUAUGCAAAAUGUUGUGCUUUUGGAAUUUCACACAAAUAAAGAGAACUGCCACUUUU